AUGAACCUCAUCCCAGGGGGAACCCGCAGAUGGAGAGGUCUGAGCACGGUUCUGGUCACCUCCAGCAGCCAGCCUGCUCUGCUCUAUGAAAAUGUCCUGGUGAGCGACGGCAGCCCCGUCCUGAAAGACCUGCUCUUCAGCCCCGACCACCAGCACCUGUACACCCUCAGCGAUAAACAGGUGAGCCAAUCAGAGCGUAAGCAUCAGUCGGUAGCUCAGCAAAUCAGUGAGUAUGACCUCGUCUUCCUCGCCAUCCUCUUCCCUUACCUGCAAGACUCUUAUCUCAUCAAGGCUAAUGACCGCCGUGAUAACCUUCAGCGAGACGUAGACAGUAACCGCCUCAUGCAUGUCAUCAUCAUCAUCAUCAUCAUCAUCACCAGGCGGGGUUUUGUGCACAGAGGGUGUCUGUCUUGCGUGGACGGCAAGUUCCCGUGUCACUGGUGCAAAUAUCGCCACAUGUGCACGCAGGACGCCAGCGACUGCUCCUUUCAGGAGGGACGUGUCAACACCUCACAGGAGUGUCCUCAAAUCCUGCCCUCCACUCAGAUCUAUAUCCCCGCCGGAGUUAUGAGGCCAAUCACGCUGCUGGCUCAGAACUUGCCUCAGCCGCAAUCCGGACAGAGGAACUACGAGUGCAUGUUUCACAUCCAAGGCAACACGCUCAGCGUCCCGGCCCUGAGGUUCAACAGCAGCAGCAUCCAGUGCCAGAAGAUCAUAUACGACUACGAGGGCGGCGACAUCAGCGACCUGCCAGUCGAUCUGUCCGUGGUGUGGAAUGGACACUUCGUCAUCGACAAUCCCUUCGACAUUCAAGCCCACUUGUACAAGUGCCGGGCACUGCGGGAUAGCUGCGGCAUGUGUCUGAAGGCCGACCCCAGGUUCGAGUGCGGCUGGUGCGUCCAGGACAGGAAGUGCUCCCUCAGACAGGAGUGUGCCGUCGGAGGAAAUUCUCACCCGAUGCUGCAGUUCAGCGACGUGGGCGGCUGGAUGCACGCUGCAUCUGGGAACAGCCGAUGCUCCCACCCCAAAAUCACCAAGUUGUUUCCAGAUACCGGACCUCGCCAAGGAGGCACCAGGAUGACCAUCGUCGGAGAGAACCUGGGUCUGCACUUCAGGGACAUCCAGUCGGGCGUCAGGUUAGGCAAGGUGCCCUGCGUCCCCAUCGAGGAGGAGUACCUGAGUGCUGAGAGGAUAGUGUGUCAGCUGAAUGACGCCACAGGAUACAGGGUCCAAGAGGCUCAGGUGGAGGUGUGUGUGAGGGACUGUGUCAACGACUACAGAGCUCUGUCCCCCAGGCCCUUCACGUUUGUGACGCCGUUCUUCACUCGUAUCCAGCCUUCUCAGGGACCUAUUUCGGGGGGCACCCGCGUGACGAUCGAGGGGAGCUACCUCAACGCGGGCAGCUCCGUUUCCGUCAGCAUUGGGCCGCAACCCUGCCUCUUCAAAAAGAGGAACGCCCAUGAGAUUGUGUGCGUAACGCCAGCUGGCCUGGCACCAGGAAGCGCGCCUGUCCUGGUGGACAUAGACCACGCUGAGCUCAGAAACCCGGAGGUCAAGUUUAACUACACCGAGGACCCCACUGUGCUCAAGAUUGAACCCGACUGGAGCAUCGCCAGUUUUCAAAAGCUAUUAGCAACAGAUCGAUCGAGCGCGGACGAGCAUUUAUGCACAGCAGGCACGCCGCGCUCGCCGUCCCGUCCCGCCGCGGCUGGCGUAAUGGAGGCUGACACAAGUGCAGACCACCCUCUGCAGCUGUCAACAGACUUCAGGGAGACACGGGCGGUGACGGACACCGGGGAAAGGAGAGCUGGGAACGUCCGUCAGCGAUAUGGCGCUCGGACGGGGGCUCGGACGAGACGCUGA